AUGGCUAGGCUAUUAAUGAAAAAUUAUAAGGAACAACUACGGCAAGAUUUGAGUGCGGCUCUGGCAUCCCUUUAUGAUGUGUCACAAAAUAUACCAUGUGAAGACUUCAAGCUGCUCAAGACAUCUAUACUUGCAAUUUUUUCAAAGUUGACCUACCUUCUCUUCAUACCAUUAUCCUGGUAUGAGGAUAUAACUUCCAGUUCUAGAUUUUUCUCAUUAGCUGCUGUAUAUAAUUUAGCUAUAAUAGGAUUAAUUGUAGCUGAAAUUAAACCAUAUCGAAAUCUAAACAAAGAGGAUAAAGGCAUCUUACCCGAUAAUAUGGGUAAAACUGCUGAUAUUGGAUAUAUUUUAUCAUUGGGUGUACAUCGAAAACAUCGACGAAAUGGUAUUGCAUCGUUAUUAUUGGAUGCUCUGAUAAAUCAUUUGACAACGGCCGAAAGACAGUCGGUAAAAGCAAUAUUUUUACAUGUGUUAACUACAAAUCAACCUGCCAUAUUAUUUUAUGAAAAACGAAGAUUUAGUCUGCAUUCUUUCCUGCCUUACUACUAUCAUAUACGGGGCAAAGGUCAACGUGAUGGUUUUACUUAUGUAACCUAUAUCAAUGGUGGUCACCAGCCAUGGACGUUAUUAGAUCAUAUUAAAGAUUAUGCAUCGAAGUUACGACACACCGGCGAAGUUUUCAAAUGGGUCUCGACACGUGUCAGACAAGUGGUACGAUGGAUAUGCCAUAAAACUGUAUCACGAUUUAAUUUUGCCCAUUAAAUGCAACGAACCCCGGAGUAUGAAUGAUGGACCCAGCAAUAUGGACACACAAUUCGAGUAUGUUUGCAGUGUCAAUAUAUGCAAAAGAAAGCCGAAAUUAUGUAAAUGUAUUACAAUAGAUUACAGACUAACUACAAAUAUAUCAUGUAUAAUAUUCUUAUUAAUUUUUUUGCUUAAUAUUAAAUUAUUUAAAAACCUAUUUAUUGUUGAGCAUAAAAACCGUAUCUACAAUAUUUCGACCAACUGAGAACUCCCUGUAAUCAUUAAUCAAAGAUAAAUUCCAAAUUAUAUAUUACUCAUUAAUUUAA